CUAUCAGACGCAUGCGUGAUCUUGACUGAUCCUCUUUCUCUAUCCAACAUGUCGAAGAGAGGACGUGGUGGUUCGUCCGGAGGGAAGUUUCGUAUCUCCCUGGGUCUGCCAGUAGGCGCAGUAAUAAACUGUGCUGACAACACAGGAGCCAAGAAUCUGUAUAUCAUUGCAGUUAAGGGAAUAAAGGGCCGUCUCAACAGACUGCCUGCAGCAGGAUCUGGUGAUAUGGUUCUGGCAACAGUGAAGAAAGGAAAACCAGAGCUUAGGAAAAAGGUAAUGCCUGCGGUAGUUAUCAGACAACGGAAGGCAUUUAGAAGGAAGAAUGGGCUGUUCAUUUACUUUGAAGAUAAUGCAGGAGUCAUAGUGAAUAACAAAGGAGAGAUGAAAGGCUCUGCUAUCACUGGCCCUGUAGCCAAGGAAUGUGCAGAUCUGUGGCCAAGGAUUGCCUCAAAUGCUGGCAGCAUUCAAUGAAAUGUACAGAACAUGUGUCAAAAUUAAACUCCUCUGACUACACACA